UUUUUUUUUUUUUUUUUUUCUUUUGUGUGAUCUGGGUUUUCUAUACUGGAGAAGCCGUGAUAAAUAUAAAGGUAGCCUAAUCACCAGUAAAGUUCGAUUGUUUUGUUUUUUGUUCCCGUUUUCUUCACGUCUCGCUAGAACAACCAUUGAUCUGCCCAAUGAUAAAGACUGUUUUCAGAUAACCCACAAUGAAAAGAGUGCCAACGGCAGAGAACCAUCGAUCGCUGCGACUUCUGUCAGCGACACAACCACCCAAGCCAUCGAUAGUAAAUCAUUGCUUCAGAAAGUGCUGAUGAGAAAAAGAAACCUUAUACGCCGAGAUUCCUUCAGAAGGAACAGAGAUUCAAAUGCGGCAGCACAGCAACAAGGUCCGCCUUAUCAUACAAUGAAAACAGAAACAGUGGCUCAAUUAUUGAAGUCCGAUUUGCAAAAUGGUCUGCAGGAAGCUGUCAUCGACGAAAGACGUACUCAAUACGGCUGGAAUGAGAUGGAAGGCGAAGGUGGUGUCAAUCCCUUCAAAUUACUCUUGAAACAAUUCUUUAAUAUCCUGGUCUUGAUCUUGGUCGUUGCCAUGGUCGUUUCUUUUGUUUUUAAAGACUGGGUUGAAGGUGGUGUGAUCGCCUUCAUUAUGGUGUUGAAUGCAGCUAUUGGCUUUGCACAAGAAUAUAAAGCAGAGCGUACAAUGGAGUGCUUAAGACAAAUGGCAUCCCCCACAGCACAGGUGAUCCGUGAUGGACAUUCAAAAACAAUUGCUACACGUGAGCUUAUUCCUGGCGACGUCAUUCUUUUGAAAAAUGGAGACGUGGUGGGUGCUGAUUGCCGUAUUAUCGAAGCUUUUAAUGUCGAUAUGGACGAAGCAUUAUUAACAGGUGAAUCUGUACCUGUUAGUAAAGUUAACGAUGUAUUGGAAUCUGCUGAUAUUCCAUUAGGUGAUCGCAUCAAUAUGGCCUAUUCAAGUACCACAUUAUCCAAAGGUCGCGCCAAAGCGUUGGUGACAUCUAUUGGCAUGCAAACAGAGAUUGGUAAAAUUGCUAAACGUCUUAUGGACAGCGGUGAUAAUGCACGAACACCUCUGCAAAAAUCAUUGGAUCGUAUGGCCAUUGUACUUUUAGUGGUCGCCAUUAUAUCCUUGCUCAUCGUCUUUGGUGUUGCUAGAUUUCAAUUGGACGACCAAGUCAUUCUCUACGGUAUCUCUACAGCUAUUGCUGUUAUUCCAGAAGGCUUAAUUGCUGUUGUUACUUUAACUCAAGCAUUUGGUGUGAAUGCAAUGGCUAAGGCCAAUGCUCUUGUGCGUCGUUUAGUGGCUUUGGAAAAUCUCGGUUCGAUCACUAAUAUCUGUUCUGAUAAAACAGGUACUUUAACCCAAUCAAAAAUGGUGUUGACUCAGUUCUGGAGACCCGACACUGGUUUCCACAGGGUCUCAGGCCUUGGUUUUGAUAUUCAAGGUGAAAUUACGCGUUCUUCUGAGAAAGAUGUUGCCUCUGCUGAGAAAAGGGUAGUGAGUAAGGACAUGAUGGAGGAAGGUUUACAGCAAUUGGUGCGUGCUGCGGCACUUUGCAACAUGAGCGAACUGCGUCAAGAUAAAGAAAAUGGAAAGGAUUGGUAUGGCAUCGGCGAUCCCACAGAAAUUGCUUUACAGGUAUUUGCUCAUAAGGCAAAGAUGGGAAAACCUGCCUUGGCCGAUGCAGGUUGGAAGUUAACAGCAGAAUAUCCCUUUGACUCGUCUAUCAAACGAAUGACGGUACUUUGCCAAAAACCAAAUGACGAAGCCAAUACGACAGCCACUCCUGGUUACAUUGCUUUCAUGAAAGGUGCUACUGAACGUGUUCUGCAAUGCUGUGUGGGUGCUCAUCUUUCUGACAAAGUGGGAAUCCAACAUAUGACGCAAGAGGAACUUCAACAGCUUGUCUUACCUCAAGUGGAAGAACUGGCGAAAGGUGGUUUACGGGUUCUCUCUUUAGCUGCUCGCUACAUUCCUCAAAAGAUGGUGGAUGCCGAUCCUUCUUCCCAACCCACACGUGAAGACGUUGAACAAGAACUCAUUUUCUUGGGUCUCGUUGGUAUUUACGAUCCUCCUCGAGAGGCGUCUAAAUCUGCUGUCGAAAAAUGUCAUCAAGCAGGCAUUACCGUUCAUAUGCUUACGGGUGAUCAUAUCGCCACUGCUACUGCCAUUGCUCGUGAAGUCAGUAUCAUUCCAUCGGAAGGGGAUGUGAGUCAUUUAGUGAUGUCUGCUCAAACCUUUGACAAGAUGUCCGAAGAAAGUAUUGAUCAACUUGAAAAUCUUCCGUUGGUUAUUGCUCGCUGUAGUCCUGAUACGAAAGUCAAAAUGAUUGAAGCACUCCAUCGACGUAAACGCAUUGCUGCUAUGACUGGUGAUGGUGUGAAUGAUAGUCCGUCCUUAAAGGAGUCAGACGUCGGCAUUGCUAUGGGUCAAGGGGGCUCGGAUGUCGCCAAACAAGCGUCAGAUAUCAUUUUGGUGGACGAUAACUUUGCAACCAUCGUAGCUGCCAUUGAAGAAGGACGACGUGUGUUUACAAACAUUUCCAAGUUUGUCGUUCAUAUGGUCUCCGUGAACGUUGCAGAGUUGACACCUCUGCUCUUGUGCUUAGUGUUCCGUGAAGGCCACAAUAUUGUCUUUCCUCUUUCGCCUAUUCAAAUUCUCUUUAACAAUUUAGUAACAAGUGCACCGCCUGCUAUGGCUUUGGGUCUGGAGCCUGUCCAUCCUAGGCAAAUGCAAGUUCCACCUCGAACAGAUAAAGAAUCACUCUUUUGUUAUCGUAAUAUUCUUGAUAUUCUCUACUAUGGUGUUAUGAUGGGUCUGAUUUGUAUGGCAAACUAUGCUAUUGUUAUCUAUGCUGCUGGCAGCGGAAGCCUUGGCCAUGAUUGCAACAAAACUUUGAAUGACACUUGUGUAGAUGUCUACCGCGCAAGAGGUGCUUUGUUUGUUACUAUGACUGUUUUGCUCUUGCUUCAUGCUCAAACCUGUCGUGAUCUUGUCCAUUCAACUUGGACUUGGAAGGGCUUCACUCACCAACAAAACUACUAUAUGUUUGCUUCUUGGGCAUUCGGUUUUGCAAUUAUGUUUAUUGUGCUCUAUGUUCCCGUUAUCAAUACUAGCGUUUUCAAGCACCUUCCUAUCACUUGGGAGUGGGGUAUGGUGGCUGCUUCUACUGUUGUGUACAUAGUACUUGCUGAGGGAUACAAGCUUCUCAUGAGAAAAGCUUUUCCAAAAAAACACUAGAUAAUGGGUAGACAAUUUUUGUACUUUUUUUACAACAAUCAGCGAUAUACCACUUGUACCAUAUAUGGAUAGUUUCUACCUUUAAUUGUAAUAAAUACAUAUGCUGAAUUUUGUAAUAAAACUGAUAGGGC